CUUCAAUCACCUGAGAACAAACAGAUCACGUUUCGCCCUGACCAAUCACACGCGCCGGGAUCCUGCGACCAUACAUAUAAAUCAGGCUGACAGCCCGAACUCCCAGGCAGAGAAUGAGAGAAUACCGAACACAAAAUAAUAAGUCAAGUAACUGGACCUGCCAGUCCGAUAUCAUACAUUUUAAUUUCUGUUGGUGUCCAGGUGUUUUAUAGUAAUAAAAAAUGGCUACGUCUGCCAGUGCUCAGUUGAGUAAAGUGGUAAAACGGCAGUAUAUGGAACUGCCUCAGGGAGACAAAGUACAAGCCAUGUAUAUCUGGAUCGACGGAACCGGAGAAGGACUGCGAUGCAAAACCAGGACGCUGGACUCUGAGCCUAAAAGCAUUGAAGAUCUUCCUGAGUGGAAUUUUGAUGGUUCCAGCACGUAUCAAUCUGAAGGCUCCAACAGUGACAUGUAUCUCAUCCCCUCAGCCAUGUUUAGGGAUCCUUUCCGCAAAGACCCCAACAAAUUGGUCUUGUGUGAGGUGCUCAAGUACAACCGAAAGCCUGCUGAAACCAACCAUCGUCAUACAUGUAAAAAGAUCAUGGAAAUGGUAGACCAUCAGAUCCCUUGGUUUGGCAUGGAGCAGGAGUACACUAUCCUGGGUACAGAUGGACAUCCGUUUGGUUGGCCCUCCAAUGGGUUCCCUGGUCCCCAAGGACCUUAUUACUGUGGAGUUGGAGCAGAUAAAGCCUAUGGCAGGGACAUCGUGGAGGCACAUUACAAAGCCUGCCUGUAUGCUGGUGUGGUGAUCUGUGGAACCAAUGCUGAAGUUAUGCCAGCCCAGUGGGAAUUCCAGAUUGGCCCCUGUGAAGGCAUCAACAUGGGGGAUCACUUGUGGGUAGCUCGUUUCAUCUUGCACAGAGUUUGUGAAGACUUCGGUGUGGUAGCUUCAUUUGAUCCUAAGCCGAUCCCAGGCAACUGGAAUGGCGCUGGUUGCCACACUAACUUUAGCACCAAGGAAAUGCGGGAAGAUGGUGGGCUGAAAUGCAUUGAGGAGUGUAUUGAUAAGCUUGGAAAGAGGCACAACUACCACAUCCGUGCCUAUGAUCCAAAGGGAGGCCUGGACAAUGCUCGUAGACUGACUGGCCACCAUGAAACCUCCAACAUACAUGAGUUCUCAGCAGGCGUAGCCAACCGUGGUGCUAGUAUCCGCAUCCCGCGAACAGUGGGACAAGAGAAGAAGGGCUACUUUGAGGACCGCCGUCCAUCUGCCAACUGUGACCCCUAUGCGGUCACUGAGGCCCUGAUUCGCACAUGUUUGCUUGAUGAAGAGGGUGAAGAACCCGUGGACUACUAGAUAUCUCUUCUUCUGGACUGAACUUCCCUCCCCUUCUUGCCAUACUCAACCCCUUUUUUUUUUUUUUUUUUUUUUAAAUGGCCAUCAAGCCAAAUUAGUACUGUAUCUUAUUUUCUAUCAGGGUGGUUCUAACCUGGCAUUUUAAUAUCGCUGAAGUUGACUGGUCAACUUAACGUUUUAAGAUUAAAUCUGAAGUUAACCUGAUCUGACUGGGGACAUGGUGUUGCAGGGCAUGUCUUUCCCCUGUUUUUAUCUUAUACAUUUUCUUUCGUUCCUAAUUUUAAUUGGGUUUUUUUUUUGGGGAGUGGAUGUUUAAUGUUAGCGUUGAAAGCUCUGAUCCCAUGACCCUACCUUUUAGUCGUUAAGAUGGACUGAGACACAUCAGGUGCACUGAAAAACCUAGGGUUGCCAAGGCUAGACAACAUCUAAUUUCUUUUAAACCAAUAGCUAGUUGUUGCGUAUGUUGACUUGGUUAUUCAAGUAUGUAAUGUUUCAAUGCGUCUUACUGACAGUGUAUUAAAUGGCAAAUUUUAGUAUCCAUUUUGACUGUACACGCUGUUUAUGUUGUGCGGUACACUUCACAGUCGAGGUCCAAUAACUGUCCUGUUUUUAUACUUGUGGAUCUGUUAUUUGUCAUGCUAAAUCCCUGAUUCAUCAAGGAUUUGAUCCUGUUUUUAUCUACUACUAUGAUGUAACUGCACCUGUUUUGGUAAAAACCUGAAGUUGCUUAAAAAAAAUGAGACUUAAACAUUUAUUUUUACCACA